AUGAACCAGAGCAGCCUGGAUGGCAUGCUGCACGGAUUGAAGCUAAUCCAGAGCAAUCUCGAAGUACACGAAAGGGACGCCAUCGAGUUGAAGAACCAGGCAAAGACAUUGCCCACGGAUCCGGCUACCGAGCGUUUGCUCAACGACACCGUGGACCGCAUUGACUUACUACUACGCCGCACCCAGCAAGGCAUCACCAUGAUAGCGAAUGCCAUGCAUGGUCAGAAGAAGCGCCAGCAGGAGAUCGACGAGUACCAGCAACAUCUGCUGGAGCUGGAGCAGUGGAUCAUCGAGGUUUCCGCCGAACUGGCUUCCUUUGAACCCAACGCGGACAGCAGCACGGAUGAGCAGGUGCUCAAGUCGCAGGUGGAGAGGAGCCAGCAGUUGCUGCGCACCCUCAAGGAUCGCCAGCAGUCCAUGGAGGAUUUGGUGGAACAGACGCGUCAGCUGCAAUCCCAUCCCGAUGUUGCGCCCCUGGCGGACACGCUGAUGGAGCAGUUGCAGAGCAUCAUUACCAUUCUGCGGGAACAGGUCACAGUGGCCACCAAGCGCAUCUUCACCAUUGAAAAGCGCAUCGUGGAUUUGCGAAAGGCCAAGAGCGAGGAGGCGCAACGGCAGCGUGUCCUGGCUGAUUCACUCAUCAAGCCACCAACAGAAGUUCCAGCGCAUCCGGCGGAUCCAGCGGCGCAUGAAUCCAUCGAGUCCAACGAGAACACCAUCGACUCGAGCUCCAUGCCCGAAGAGGAGAUCAAGCCGACUGGAGUCCCCCCGGCUCAGGUGGUGACCACCACGACCGUGGAGGCGCAGACCAGCUUCAAGGAGCCAGCUGUGGAGACCGCAGAGGUGGCUCUGCAAACCCAGAAGGAGCGUUCGCCCACCGAGAACAUUAUGGUAACGCAAACGGUGCAGCAUGGCCAGGAAACGAUCCAGAUCGACACGACUCGCAACAAGGAUGUGCCCGAUGAGCCCGAGGAUGUGCAGAUUGAGGCUCGCUACCAUCAGCGACCUAAGGGCGAUGUGGAUCGCGCCACCGAGCUGAUCCUCAAAAAUGUACCUCAAGCAUUCGAGACCACUUUCGUGGAGCCAGAUGACACUACCACCGAGGUGAUUGUAGGACCCGAUGGCACCAAGCACAUAGUGCUCAAGAAAGUAACCCGAACCCGCCAGCAAGUUGUGCAGCAGCAGCAGAUCAGCUCGAUUGAGACAAUUAGCGAUUCGGAUGGUAACAUUGAGGUUCACUCCACGGGUCAGAUUAAUUUGGAGAAUGUGCACACCACGGACACCAAAGCCGAUCCGGCGGAGGGCAGUGUCCACACAGUAAUCACACAGCAAACGCGUGGUGCUGUUGUGGAUUCAUCGCAGCCCGAGGGCGUGAUUCUGCAGGAAUUCGAGACCGAGCCCACUAUUGAGACUUACGAAGAAGUGAUUACCCCAGGCUCCCAGGCGCCACUGAUUCCACUGCAGCCAGGAGAUGUGCAAACCCAAGGCACCAUCCGAGCAGUAGUGCAGCAGGUGACCCGUAAGGUGAUCCGCAAGACGCGCAAGAUUAUCAAGCGGGUGGUGAUCAUCGACGGAAAGGAACACAUCACUGAGGAAGUGGUCGAGGAGCCCGAGGAAGUGGAGAUCACAGAGGAGGAGACGGCGCCGCACAUCAACGUAAACAUUGUGCGAACCGUUGACGGAAAGGUGGUCAGCGAGGAGGAGUUCCAGCGACUGAUGCAGGAGCCCGGAGUUCUAAUCGAAGAAGUUGCCACGGAUCUGCAAAAGCCGACAGCAGAACCGCAGCAAGAGCUGCGGAUGUAGUCGAGCCCAGCGACUCCUCGCCGACUGCAGCAGUCGAAGCAGUCGAAGCAGUGGUUGAAGAU